AUGUGCGGGGACAAGAAGCGAAGACAAUCCCCAGCUCCACUCCUGGUCCCUCUGCUUGUGGACACAACCGUCGCCCAGGACCCCGACACCCAAAGCCAUAAACAUGACUACAGCCAACCGGAAAAUCCCUCGUACAUCCAAAUGGCCACGCUGAUCGCUGGCGGACCGAGUGAACGACAGCCACUGACCGGCAAGAACAAAACUGACCCGAGAAACUUGGGCAAAAGCCACGAUCCUGUGUAUCAAUCAGUGAAUCAGUGA